AGUCUAGAUACAACCAGCCCUCUUUCCUCGUUCACAUCACUCACCCCCUUUGGCGACCUUGUAGGAGAGGUCGCGUCACCGGCCCCCCUUCUCUUAUUCUACAUCGUCAAUCGGCAUCGGACGCGUCAAGAUGACUCUCCUUGCGCUCAAGGAAGAUAGGCCAACGCCAAAGGCCGUUUACAACUGGCGUGUCUACACAUGCGCGGCGAUCGCUAGUUUUGCCUCUUGCAUGAUCGGCUAUGACUCUUCCUUCAUUGGUACCACCCUUGCGUUGCCGUCCUUCACCAAGGAAUUCGAUUUCGCCUCUUAUACACCUGGUGCUCUCGCCUUGCUUCAGUCCAACAUCGUAUCGGUCUACCAAGCCGGUGCCUUCUUUGGCAGUCUUUUCGCUUAUGCGACUAGUUACUUCUUGGGCCGUCGCAAAUCACUCAUUGCCUUCUCUGUCGUCUUCAUCAUUGGCGCCGCCAUUAUGCUUGCUGCUGAUGGCCAGGGGCGAGGCAUUGCUCCGAUUAUCGCAGGCAGAGUGCUGGCCGGAUUUGGCGUUGGAGGUGCCUCCAACAUGGUACCGAUUUACAUCUCGGAGCUUGCCCCGCCCGCUGUUCGUGGCCGUCUUGUUGGCAUUUACGAGCUCGGCUGGCAGAUUGGUGGUCUGGUCGGAUUUUGGAUCAACUACGGCGUCAACACCACCAUGGCCCCAACGAGGUCGCAGUGGCUAAUCCCCUUCGCGGUUCAGCUCAUCCCCGCCGGCCUCUUGUUCUUGGGCAGCUUCUGGAUCCCCGAGUCGCCACGGUGGCUUUUUGCCAACGGCAAGAGAGAAGAGGCAAUGAAGGUCUUGUGCUGGAUGCGCAACCUCGAGCCCACCGAUCGAUACAUCGUGGAAGAAGUUUCAUACAUUGACGCUGACCUGGAACGGUAUGCCCGAGAAGUUGGCAAGGGGUUCUGGAAGCCGUUCCUGUCCCUCAAGCAGCGCAAGGUUCAGUGGCGCUUUUUCCUUGGUGGCAUGCUCUUCCUCUGGCAGAACGGAAGCGGUAUCAACGCCAUCAACUAUUACUCCCCCACCGUUUUCAAGAGCAUCGGCAUUACCGGUACCAACACCGGGUUCUUGACCACGGGCAUCUUCGGCGUCGUCAAGACGGUUCUCACCGUUAUCUGGCUUCUGUGGCUUGUCGAUCUGGCAGGUCGCCGCCGCAUGCUCUUCAUCGGUGCGACUGGCGGAUCGCUCUGCAUGUGGUUUAUCGGAGCGUACAUCAAGAUUGCUGGUCCUGCGUCGGCCAAGGCGGAAGACGCAAAGCUGACCUCUGGCGGUAUCGCAGCCAUCUUCUUCUUCUACCUCUGGACUGCAUUCUACACCCCCUCGUGGAACGCUACACCUUGGGUCAUCAACUCGGAGAUGUUUGACCAAAACACGCGGUCCCUGGGUCAGGCAUCGGCCGCGGCCAACAACUGGUUAUGGAACUUUAUCAUUUCUCGCUUCACGCCGCAAAUGUUCCUCAAGAUGGAGUACGGCGUGUACUUCUUCUUUGCCUCGCUCAUGCUGCUUUCGACUGUGUUCAUCUACUUCUUCGUCCCCGAGACCAAGUCGAUCCCGCUCGAGGCCAUGAAUCGCUUGUUCGAAAUCAAGCCUGUUCACAAUGCCAACAAGAUUCUCAUGGCCGAGCUCAACUUCGACAGAAAUCCAGAGCCGGAGGAGUCAUCGCUGGACGAGAAGGACAGAGUGACACAGAUUGAGAGCGCAGUCUAAGGUCUGCAGCUUGCCUUACCUUGAGGGUAGUUGAAUAUGGGCAGGGGCGUUGUGAGCUGCGGCAGUAGCCGCCGUGGAUAUGAUGUUAUGUUUAUGAUGUGGGCGAUACCUUUGUUGCAAUUAUUUUACUUGACUUUCUUGCCCGAGAGGUCGAAGAGAACGAUGUGAUGAUAGCUACGAAGUGAGAGUACAAAGUUGCGUUGUUUGAAGCACACUAUGGAGUUUCUGUUCUUUUCUCUUUGUGACAUCGUGCUUUAAUUGUCCCCUCCUCUUUUUGUGCUUGCAGUGGGGAUGGGGAAAUCUACAUUUGUCUUAUAAAGCGACACUGAGCCUUUUUGUUUGCUGCCGGG